CAAAGUACAGCCGUGUGGUUAACAGAGCACUGUACCUGGAAACAAAAGACCUGGCCUCUUGUCCCAGCUCUGCUGCUGACAAGCUGUGUGAUGUUGGGUGAAUCCCUUUCUCUCUGGACUCACUAUCUUAACCUGUCAUAGGGGGGCAUGUUUCUCUUGGAACUUGUAGAAGUCUAUGCUCCUGUGACUGUGCGGAGCAGGUGAAGGGGUAGAAAGAAGAGAUGUUGUAUAGAGGCACAGAGCAUGCUUAAAUGCAUGUGGUUCUCAACUGGGAGAAUUUGGGCCCCAGGAGACUGUCCAAAUCUGGAGAAGCUUUGUUGCUACAACUGGUGAAUGCUACUGGCAUCAAGUGGGUAGAAGCAAGGGAUGCUUCUAAAUAUCCUACCAUGUAGGACAGCCCCCGCCAACAAAGAAUUAUCCUGCCCAGAAUGUCAGUAAUGCAAAUGCUGACAAACCCUGCUUUCGGGGGAUUAGACUCUAUCUCUUGCUCCUCCACUUUGAGAUCCCCUUUGCAAUUCCAGGUAACCUCAUAGUUCCUUCCCUAACCAUCUGUCUUGCUGUUCAAGAAACAAUUUGCUAAAUUGUGCUCAAGUUAUUUGCCGAUAACAAACCACAUUAACCUUAUUAACUAGUAUAUCAGGGUUCAUUUAGAGAAGCAGAAUGUCUAGGAGUAUAUAGUCUGUCUAUAUGUGGGAUUCAUUACAGGGAUCUGACUUUACUCAAGUAUGGCCAUUGGUUAAACAGGCUCUAGAAGGUUGUCUUCGUAUCUGGUGGUAGAGGUGGAUGUCCAUAGGGCAGGCAUUGGGGAAGGGAAGAUGAAGAAAAUGUGAGGGAAAGUAAGGACAACAUGGAGGCCAUGAGGCUGGACAGGAACCUGUGUCAGCUGUCACCGCCUCCAAUGUUGAGGAUGUGGGUGUCCUGCAGGCAAAACUAGCUGGUGGUCUUUGUCACAAAACUGAACACAAACCUGGCCCAGGAGUGUGAGAAGCUGUAAGAGGAUCCAGGGGAAAGUGUAGUGAUCAUGGGUCCAGCUGCUAUUCCGCAUCAACACGGUCGCCAGCAAAGUACCUGCCCAGGCCUUGUAAGCAAGCAACACAAGCUGGCUGCUGUUUCAGCCUUCCAGAUCCUGUGCAAAAGUCUUGUGGCACACCCUAACUGGAAACAUUGAGGGAAGGGAAUUCUGGGAAAUGUAGUUCAGCUUCGCCAAACUUGACAUGUUACCAAGCCACAACUACUGGAUCCACAUUUUUGAGGAUGUAUUAGUGAAGGACGGGCCUAGGAUCCACGCCUGUACAGGUUAACCAGUGCUGAGGGGGGAGGUUUUGAACUUGUCUUUCCUUUGGAACAAUAAAUAUCACUUGCAACAUUAGGAUGACCUACUCGCUGUUUUGAUCAAAGGAAGUAUUUCUCAGACUUGACAAGAAUUUCCAUACUCUUCACUUCAAGUGCUGAGAUUGUGAGUGACAUAGGAGCCCUUCUAUGCAAAGGAUUAGAGAAGCCAGCCACGAGAGGUCACAUAUUGUAUGGCUCUAGUCACAUGAAAUAGCGAAAAAAGGUAAAUCCACAGAGACAAAAAGAUUUGCGGUGCCAGGGGCUGAGGAGGGUGGCGAGCAAGUGGGGGGUAACUGCUUAAUGGGUACAGGGUUUCCUUUCACUGGGAGGAUAAAAGUAUUUUAGAACUAGAGGUUCCAGAGCAUGUACAACACUGCAAAUGUACUGAAUUGUUCACUUCCAAAUGGCUGUGUUAUGUGAGUUUUACCUCAAUUUCUUUUAAUUUAAAAAGUAGAUUUGAGGGGUGCCUGGCUGGCUCAGUCCAUGCAGCAUGAGACUUUUGAUCAUGAGUUCGAGUCCCACAUUGGGUAUAGAGAUUACUUUUUAAAAAGUGGAUUAGAGAAUUGAAUAGUUUUGAUUUCUGGUCUCAAUUUUGCCAUUGCUAUAAAAUAGAGUUCUGAAUAUCACUGAUUGUUUUCCCACCGUUACUGAAGUAUAAUUGACAAAUAAAAAUUGUAUAUGUUCAAGGUAUACAGCAUGAUGAUUUGCUAUAUAUAUUGUGAAAUGAUUACCAGAGUCCAAUUAAUUAACACAUCUGUCAUCUCAUAUAGUUCCCUUUUGUGUGUGUGGUGAGAACAUUUAAGAUCUAUUCUUAGCAAAUUUCAAGUAUAUAAUCUAGUAUAAUUAACUAUAGUCACUAUGGGGUACAUUAUAUCCCAAGAAUUGACUUGUCUUAUUCUUCAGUAGCUUGAAUACAAAAAGAAGAGGUAUGAAAAAUAACACCUUGAGUAGUGCUGGGAUCUGUAUGAUAUUCCAGUCUGGGAAAAAUCUAGAUGUCCAGAACCUUCUGUUAGGAAAGGGAGGAUCCCAUACUGCCCUGGUGUAGUGCUCCUAGGAGUAGCAAAAAGAAUUCCUGUCCUCAUGAGGCAAGUCUAGAAAACCUCUGGGUGGGGCUGGCCCCUUUAAGGCUCAGAGACUGAAGUAAUCUGGUAGCUAAGGAGUCAUAAUGACAACUUUCUUGGGUAAUUCUCCCUAGAAAUGUAGUUCUUACUCUCCACGACCAGAAGUACCUAGGAGUAAAGCCACCUUCUCCUCAUUUUGGUUGGAGAUGGUGGCUUGGAAAUGGACUUGCUUGAGGACCUUGAAUCCCUGCAGUUUGAGUAUGGGAUUCAAGAGGAAGACUGCAGCUGGCUGUAUUUGCAGGGCCGUUCUCGAGGGCUGGUGAUCAAGGCCUGUGCCCAUGCAACUUUCUUCUGCAAGCUACUCUGUAAUUUGAGAGAAUCAUUACGUGAGAAGCACACUUCCAGGUGUCUCUUGACUGGAUUGCUUGCUGACACUCCUGAUGAUGAUGAUGAGUUAAAGGUGGGCAUCAUUGGAGGUGGCCACCUUGGGAAGCAGCUGGCUCGUGCACUGCUUCAGCUUGUCCCCAUCCCUGCUGAGAACCUGAGGAUUUCCACUCGCAGGCCAGAGGCCCUGGAUGAGUUCCAGAAACUGGGAAUCCAGUGCUUUUACCAUAACCCUUAUCUGGUGAACUGGGCCAACUUGAUAUUCCUCUGCUGCCUGCCAUCUCAGCUGCCUACUAUCUGUCUGGAAAUUCAAGCCCACCUGGAAAAAGGUUGCAUUGUGUACAGCUUCGCAGCUGCUAUCCCAAUAGCCAGGUUGAAACUCCUGCUGAACCACACCAAUAUCUUGCGGCCUCAGUAUCAGUGUGUUGAAGAUUUUGUCAACAUCUGGGGGGCCAAUAAGGAGAUCACAGCUGCCCUCCAAGAUCCUGCGACCCUUCAGGCUACCUGCCCCUACAGUUCUGCUGGGGGAAUAAUCCUCAAUAUCAAGUGGUUGGAGGGAGUGUUCUACGCCAUCCUAAACAUCUGCACCGCAAAGGACAUGCCCCACUUACAAGUGCUGCAACAUCUGAAUGAACUUUUCCUCUCUGUGCACUUUGAAGACUGUGAGAAGGAUGGAGCAUCUUGCCCCAAAUUUCAAUUAGGUGAUUUUGUCAACCAAGUCUAUACCAAGAACCUAUCUCAGAAAAGGCCUUUCCCCUGGUUUGAUCUGACUGCUGUGCAACUCAAGGAAACUCCCUUUAGUCAGCAGCUCUCAACCAGUACUGCUCUCCAGGACCACCUUACCCUUCUAUACUGUGAUUCAUUUGGCAUCUCCGUAACCAAAAAACAGCAGCCAGUGGUCUCCAGAGGCUCUCCCUCCCAAUAAGAGAAGAGACCUCAGGAAUCAGGAUUUUUUUCCCUUCCACAAUGGUUGUACCCU